AUGAGGAGUUUAACAGUUUUAGUUAUUUUUUGCUUUGCAUUUUGUGCUCAUGCUGCAGAAAAAGAAUCCGAUGGAUAUACAACAACAAUUCGAGUAACACCUGGACUUUUAAGUAAAAUCCUUGGAUCAAAACCAACAAGUAUCAGUUUGGAAGGAAAUGUCAAACGAAAACGUCCAUCAACAUUAAUGCCAUACUAUCCAAUUCAAGCUGAUUAUCCAGAAGAAUAUCCUGAAAGAAAUCCUGAACAAUUCCAACAGCAACAACAACAAAAUCCAAAUAAUCCUUAUACAUUCUUCCCACCAAGACCUAGACCAUAUCCACAACCAUAUCCAGUGCCAUAUCCAGUACCACAACCAUCGCUACCACCACCACCGCCACCACAAAUUCCACCAUUUCCUCAAUAUCCCGGAUAUCCAGGCUAUUAUCCAGGACUCCAACCUUAUCCACAAGUUCCAAUUUAUCCAAAUUAUCCAAUUUAUCCCUCAGGAUAUCCACCUAAAUACCCAUAUCUUUAUCCAAGUUAUCCUGGGUAUGGUGGUUUUAAUGGUUAUGGUGAUGAAUCUGGAUCGAACACAGGCUCUGCAUCUCAAAAUCCAGAUCAAAUUGGAGAAACUGUUACAAAUCCCGAAUUUUCCGGUGGAAAUGGUGGUUUAAACAAUCCGGAUAGUUAUUAUCUUCGUCAGGGUUUGAUUGCAUAUGUUCAACAGCCUCAGAUUCAGCUUCAAUCUCAGCUACAACAGCAACCUCAACAGCAAUCUCAAGUGCAACCUCAACAACAACCUCAAGCUCAACAGCAACAACAACAACCUCAACAACAACAACAACAACCUCAAGCUCCAAUGCAAGCUCAGGAACAACCUCAACAACAGGCUCAACAACAACCCCAAGAACAACCUCAACAGCAGCUUCAACAACAGCAUUCUCAACCACAACCCCAGCCACAAGUUCAACUUCAAGUUCAACCCCUGCCUGAGCCAGCUUUAGCCCCAGCUGUGCCUCAGUUCAUGCCUGUGCCUCAACCUAUGGAUCAGUCUAUGGUUCAGCCUAUGCCUCAGACCUUACCUCAGUCAAUGUCUCAGCCAAUUCCGCAACCAAUGCCACAGUCCAUGGAUCAAGCUAUGCCGCAACCUAUUCCUCAGUUGAUGUAUCAGCCUAUGCCUCAGCCUAUGCCUGAACCAAUGCCUCAGCCUAUGGCCCAGCCUAUGACUCAACCAAUGCCUGAGCUUAUGCCUCAGCCUUUGAGUCAGCCAAUGCCUAUUCCUCAGUCUAUGGAACAGUCUAGGCCUCAACCAAAUGCUUUACUUUCGUUGAUACCAAUUCCUACACCUGUUAACCAACCUCCUCCAAGUCCACCUCCUAAUCCACCUCCGAGACCAUGUCCGAAUCCGCCAAGUCCACCUAAUCCACCGAAUUUAUUUCCAAGUCCUCCAAAUCCACCCAAACCUAGGCUAAGUAAUCCCAAAGCUCUUGUUGAUCGUUUCAAUUCAUCUUCAGAACUAACAAUUGGAACAGGAUAG